AUGUUUCAAAUGUAUUCGACCAUACGUCGUAAUAACAUCGAUGAACAAAAGGAACCAGAAACGACCGGUCAUGAUCGUUUCUAUCAGGACAGAUCAAGAGGCCGUUCGGUUAGUUCUGAACAAGAAAAUUCAGAAUCUGAACAUUCGGAAAAAUCACCACUUGUUAGCACUAAAUCGUUGGCUAAACUUUUGUUCAAUAAGAGUUUAAGCUCACAAGAAAAUGCAACGGGAAAAGACAUUGACUCACCAACAAGAUGCAAUGUCAAAUAUCAAUAUUCAGCGAUAUUGGAUAACGGCAUUGGUGCUACAGAUCGAAAUCCACGUGACCGUGCAGCAAGAGAAAAAGCUUACACCGCCUGUUCAGAAUGGCUUAUCAAUACUGGUGGGCGUUAUGAAAUAAUCGCUCAUCUUGAUGACAUUGGAUCACGUGCAAGUAAACAUUGGUUUCUUCUCAACGAUAGCGCUAUCAAAACAGAUCGUUUAAUGACACUUCUUCCGUUACCUCCCAAUUGUGUUGCCUUAGAAGAACUGCCCAGCUCAGAAUGUCCACAAGGCGUUCUUAUGGAACUUCUUGGGACACUUCAUCAUCCCUACAUUUAUCCAACAUUAGACUUAGGUCUUUUUCAUACUGAAAAUAAUCACUAUGCUUGUUUAGUUAUGCCAUUCAAUCCAAGGGGUAGUUUGAAAGAUUUAAUUUAUAAAACUGAAUGGAAUGAAGCAUGGGGUCGUAAAUACAUGAGAAAAUCAGCAGGUCUCCCCAUUUCUCAAGUCCAAAGACUAGGCCGUCAAAUUCUCGAAGCUUUAUUAUUCCUCAGAGAUCGUGGAAUUCCUUCACAUGGUCAUCUACACAGUGGGAAUGUAAUGUUGCAGAAUGGUGUUGCGAGAUUAUCAGGAUUAGAAAACGAAUUGUUAGGAUUGAAUUCUCGAAUAAAUGCAGUGUUAUGGUCUCGCUCUUCAACGGAGAUUGAAAAUAUUGAUGUCAUUUGUUUCGGUCAUUUGCUUUAUGAAAUGUGCGCUGGUUAUGAAUUAUCCGAGCCAACACCAUCGAAAACACAUCUCCAACUUGAUUUGGAGCGAUAUCCACAAGUGGUGGAAGUCCUACAAAUGAUAUUCGAAUCUCCAGGUGGCUAUCCGUCAUUGGAAGAACUUGUGCUUUGCGAUUUGUUUCGUAGCAUCGAUUUACGUGAAAUGCGAGGCAGCUGUGUACCUUUCAAGCACAGUUUAAGUAGCUCAACUAUGAGCUUACUAAACGCUGUUAGAAAGCGUCACACGGUAAUGCAAGGAUCUUUCUCCGAAGGCAGUUCACCUUGUACUCCUCCAUCAACUCCUCGUGAUAGACAAGGCAUUCAAGUCAACAUAUUUUUGGUCUUGUUUACAAAUCAAAUGAAAAAUCCCUUGACCUUUAUGGAUAAAUUUUCAACAUUUUCCUGCUUCGCGCUACGCUGA